AUGUCAGGAGCAGGUAAUCGUGAACAGGUGUUUCCAACACGUAUGACAUUGGGAACUAUGAAGAGUAAAUUAAAAGGUGCUCAACAAGGUCACUCCCUAUUGAAAAGAAAGUCUGAAGCAUUGACCAAGAGAUUCAGAGAUAUAACAACACGUAUUGAUAACGCAAAGACCAAAAUGGGUAGAGUAAUGCAAACAGCUGCUUUCUCCUUGGCUGAAGUUUCAUACGCCACAGGUGACAAUAUUGGUUACCAGGUGCAAGAGUCGGUGAACAAGGCAAGAUUUCAAGUUAAAGCAAAACAAGAAAAUGUUUCUGGUGUUUACUUGCCUACUUUUGAAAGUUCAAUAAAUGAAGAGAUUAAUGAUUUCCAAUUGACUGGAUUGGGUAGAGGUGGCCAACAAGUGCAAAAAGCUAAACAUGUUUAUACCAAAGCUGUUGAAACAUUGGUUGAAUUGGCAUCAUUGCAAACGGCAUUUAUCAUAUUGGACGAGGUUAUAAAAGUUACAAACAGAAGGGUUAAUGCCAUUGAGCAUGUCAUUAUCCCAAGAACAGAAAAUACCAUCGCAUAUAUCAAUUCUGAAUUGGACGAAUUGGAUAGGGAGGAGUUUUAUAGGUUAAAGAAGGUUCAAGAAAAGAAACAAGAAGCUGCUGCAGCCGCUGAAGCGGAAGACAAAGUGGAGUUGGCCAAAGCAGAAGGUAUAACUGAUGAUGUAGGUGUGCAAAGAGACGUUGAAAGUUUCAAUGUUGAAGCUGAUGCCAAGGGCAAUGUGUUGACCGAAACCGAGGACGAUGUUAUAUUUUAG